AUUACAAUAAAUUGCAAUAAUAAUACAAUAAUAUACAAAAAUAAAUAUCACCUUAAAUUAUAAUUUUUAACGGUGCUUUUGAUAGAGAAGAAGAAAAAUUUGUGACACUAGUAACUGUACAGACGACAAAAUGAAAGCAGAGUUAAGAUUAAUUCGUUCAUUAAUGCAUGGUAUUCGUUCAACAACAAAAGAAUCACAUGCCAAAGAUAAUAUUAUGGUACGAUAUAUUAUGGAACAAGCAAGAGCUCAUAAAGAAACAUCAGAAACUCUUUGCAAAGCUCGUGAAGAACUUACACAUUUGGCAGAUACAUACAACUUUUAUCUUGGUUCACAAAAACUUUAUAAUGACAUUAUUAUAAAUUAUGGUGGAAAAGGAGAGCGAAGUGUACGUGAAACUGCUGAUCUUGUUGGUUUUAAGCUUCCACAUGAUCCUCAAUAAAAAUUAUUUUUUUAAUAAUUAUUAUUAUAGUAAUAACAUGUUAAUAUUAGGUAAUUAAAUAUUCUUUAACUUGAAAUUUUUCUACAUAUUUUUCUUUAUUUAAAAGCAAAAUCUAUAACUUACCUUGAACAACUUGAAUUUAAUGCAUAUUUAAUUUUUUUUAACUAGAGCUAACAGAGCAAUGUAAUUUAAAAAAAAUAAAAAAUUCGAUUCUUAUUUUAAUUAUUCAAGACAUGGAGAAUAGAGGUCUAUUUUAUAUUUCAAUUAACGUGUAAAUUAGUAGAGAUAAUAAUGAACAAAGUAAAAACUUGCAGAUUGCUUAGUUGAAGUAAAAAUAAAAAAUUAUUUUUUGUCUAAGAGAAUAUAGCAAAUAUUAUUUCAUGAAUCAAUUCAGCUAUAUAAUUUCAAAGAUACCAAAUAUAAAUAAUAAUUGCUUUCGUCGAAAUCACUUUGCCAGGACUCAAUUAACUGUUUCAAAAUUUAUCUGGUAGAAAAAUAUUUUUGACACAGAUUUCAUGAUGGAAAAAUUUCUCCGAUACUGUUUGCAUGUCGGAGAAAUCACCGAGAAUUAUUUCCACCAGGGUUACACCGUAAAUAAUUAUAUAUUUUUUCAAUUAAAUCUGCUAGAGUUUCUUGAGGAAACCAUGAUUAUAAGUUCUUUUUGAGUUAGAUGAAUGGAAAUUUCGCAUUUAAUGAAUCACCUCAACGAAUUUUUUUAAGAGCUAAUAAUAAGGAACCGUACUUUAUACCUUCAUGAUCAAGUAAAUAUGAUAUUGAUAUAUAUUCACUUGGUUAUAAAUUAACAUCGAAGAAAAAUAGAAAAAAUAUCGGAGAAAAUCUGAGAAAAAAUUUCCGUCAAAAUUCUGCAGAUCGUAGGUCCGAGGAGUGUUAUACAGAAAUUACGUGAAUGCUCAAUGCAGCGUUUUUUAAACCGCGAUCCCUUUAAUUUUUACAAGGAACAACUAAAUUUUCAAGUGAUAAGUUGAUGACUGAGAAAAAUCGUGAUUUUUUUCUGGUGAGAAACGGAUUUUGGCAAAGAACUUUGAUCGAAAAAUUAGCUAGUGGAACUUUAUAGAAUAACAAAUCCAAUCUAAUCUUAAAGUGUACAACAAAAAACACUAUCGAAAACAUAUACUGACAUAUAUAUUACAUGUUUUCAUCUGGCUUCUGUAGGAGAAACCCCAUACAUAUAAUUUGAUGAAACAUUAUAUAAUAGCACUCAUAUAUCGCUUAUAGAAAUUUUCUUCUAAC